GCAGCCCGGCGGGAGCGGAGGGGAGGCAUCUGGUCUCCUCGCGUCCCUGAGGGCGACCCCGGAGCGGGCCCCCCGUGCCCAGCCCGGCCCCGGCCAGGCCCUCCUCUGGGCUCGGGGCUUGGGUGGGGGCGGCUCGGACCCGGGAGCGCCGCCGCCUCUGUGCUGUCGUUGCGGAGAGGGGGAGCUGCGUUACUGCAGGUGGAGGGCUUGGCGGAGGGGGGGCCGGGGGGAGAUGCCAUUUCUGACCGAAGGAGAUCGCCGGCGAGAAUGAGAUGCAGGUGAGAGAUAGGAUGGUAGCUGGGGAGGCGAGUAUGCGCAGCCCAAUCCUGGCCUGCUGGCAGCCGAUUCUCCUGCUGAUGCUGGGAUCCAUCCUGUCCGGCUCUGCCACAGGCUGCCCGCCGCGCUGCGAGUGCUCUGCCCAGGAGCGUGCCGUCCUGUGCCACCGGAAGCGGUUCAUGGUCGUGCCAGAGGGGAUCCCAACUGAGACCAAGCUGUUGGACUUGGGCAAGAACCGCAUCAAGACACUCAACCAGGAUGAAUUUGCCAACUACCCUCACCUGGAAGAGCUGGAGCUAAAUGAGAACAUUAUCAGUGCCAUUGAACCUGGGGCUUUCAACAACCUCUUCAACCUCAGGACGCUGGGGCUCAGGAGUAACAGACUCAAGCUGAUCCCCUUGGGGGUGUUUACUGGACUCAGCAACCUCACCAAGCUAGACAUUAGUGAGAACAAAAUUGUGAUCCUCUUAGACUACAUGUUCCAGGACUUGUACAACCUGAAGUCUUUGGAGGUGGGUGACAAUGACCUUGUCUACAUCUCCCACCGGGCCUUCAGUGGUCUCAACAGCCUGGAGCAGCUGACCCUGGAGAAAUGCAACCUGACCUCCAUCCCCACGGAGGCCCUGUCUCACCUUCACGGCUUGAUCGUGCUGCGGCUGCGCCACCUGAACAUCAACACCAUCCGGGAUUACUCAUUCAAGAGGCUGUACCGGCUCAAGGUCCUUGAGAUCUCACACUGGCCCUAUCUGGAUACUAUGACAUCCAACUGCCUCUAUGGGUUGAACCUGACCUCCUUGUCCAUCACCCACUGCAACCUGACAUCCAUCCCAUACGUGUCGGUGAGGCACUUGGUUUACCUCCGGUUCCUGAACCUGUCCUACAACCCCAUUGUCACCAUCGAGGGCUCCAUGCUCCACGACCUGCUCAGGCUGCAGGAGAUCCAGCUGGUAGGAGGGCAGCUCACCACGGUUGAGCCCUUUGCCUUCCGCGGCCUCAAUUACCUGCGCAUCCUGAACGUGUCAGGAAAUUUGCUGACCACCCUGGAGGAGUCAGCUUUCCACUCGGUGGGCAACCUGGAGACGCUUAUCCUUGACAACAACCCCUUAGCCUGCGACUGCCGCCUGCUCUGGGUUUUCCGGCGGCGAUGGAGGUUGAACUUCAACAAGCAGCAGCCCACCUGCGCCACACCCGAGUUUGUCCAGGGCAAGGAGUUCAAAGACUUCCCCGACGUCCUCCUGCCCAACUACUUCACCUGCCGCCGAGCACGGAUACGGGACCGCAAACCUCAGCAGAUCUUUGUGGACGAAGGCCACACAGUCCACUUCGUCUGCCGGGCCGAUGGAGACCCACCUCCCACCAUCAUGUGGCUGUCUCCCCGCAAGCACCUCAUCUCUACCAAAACCAACGGGCGGCUCACUGUCUUCCCUGACGGCACGCUGGAGGUGCGCUACGCCCAGAUCCAGGACAAUGGCACCUACCUAUGCAUUGCCAGCAACGCGGGUGGCAACGACACCAUGCUGGCCCACCUGCACGUGCGCAGCUACUCCCCAGACUGGCCCCACCAGCCCAACAAAACCUUCGCGUUCAUCUCCAACCAGCCCAACGAGAGCGAUGCCAACAGCACGCGCGCCACCGUGCCUUUCCCCUUUGACAUCAAGACUCUCAUCAUUGCCACCACCAUGGGCUUCAUUUCCUUCCUGGGCGUCGUGCUCUUCUGUCUGGUGCUCCUCUUCCUGUGGAGCCGGGGGAAAGGCAACACCAAGCACAACAUCGAGAUCGAGUACGUGCCGCGCAAGUCCGACGCGGGCAUCAGCUCUGCCGACGCGCCGCGCAAGUUCAACAUGAAAAUGAUUUGAGCAGGCAACGGUUUGCAAAUAAUAAUGGUGUUGGUUGGUUGUGGUUUGGGUUGUUUUUUUUGGGUUGUUUGUUUUUUUUUCCCUUUCUUUCGUUGUUGUUUUUUUUUUUCGUUUGUUUGUUUUUUAAAAAUCAAAACAGAACCAGAACAAAGGAACAAAUAAAAAGUAAUUGAAAAAAAAAAACAUUGCUACAAACAUACCGACCUCUCUCCUCCCACCGCCCCCUCCGCCCCUUGCCCAACCCACUGCACCUGCACCGUCACCACCUCUUGCUCCUCCUCUUCUUUAUACCAGGAAAACAUCCAGCUGAUGUCUUCAGGACUCCUGUGUUUGUAAGGACUCUGUCUGAUGGACUCUGGUGUCAGAUCUAACUCUGAGAGGGAGGGGAAAAAAAAAAUUAUAACGGAAAGGGGGGGGAGGGGGAAAUAAAAAACAAAAAAAAAGGAAAGAAAAAAAAAGAAAUAAAAUCAAUAAAAAGUUACAAACUUUCUUCUGUAACUUUGAUUUCAAUAAUUAUGGAUUUUUAUGAAAACUUGAAAUAAUAAAAAAACCCUAUUUCCUAUA